GGAAGGACGAUACAUAAAUAACAUGAAAACGAUAGGUAUUUUAUAGACUAUAGUAUCUUUUGAAUUUAACUUCCUAUAAAGUUCCAUCCGAUAUCAAGUCUUGUAAAGUCCUACAUCUGCAAUUCUGUUUUUUGUUCUCUACUUAAGAACAUAAAAAAAAAACCUCAUGAUGCUCUUAGUGUAAGAAAUGAAGAAACUUGCGUUGCUUAUAGUGAUCCUUGUUCUUGAAGAUACUAAUAAGUUACAUAGUCUGAAGUAUCGAUCAAUUAAGUUUCACUUAAAAAUCGGAUUCAAAGAGCCAUCCAGAAGCGUAAUCGCCUUUUAUAUUAAAAAUGUUCAAAAUCUGCUUUGAUGUCAAAUUUAGUUGUGUAAACUACACAUCCAAGAACUUAAACAAUUAGAGAUGGGGCAUCUUGAUUUAUUUAUUGGUAAUCUUUUCCCCUUUUCCCUUUUUGUCAUGUUUAAUGUUUCUUAGUAGACAGGUAAAGAAUAAAACUUAACUGAUUUUUCUCUUUAUCUAAUCAUAUUCUAUUUUAUUUUUUCUUUUAAAAAUAAAGCUGAAUGUGAUCUGGUUAGAGAUACCUGACUUAAUAAGGAAGAAGAAAUUAACUGGCCCAAAGUAAAGUUUAAUAUUAAACUUCAGUUUAAGUUUAUUUAAACAUGUUCAAGCAAUUUCAGUUAGACAGUUACUAUCAAUCUUCUAAAGGAACAAUGGUUACUAAUGAAGAAGGUAGAAGCAUCAACAUUAAUGAAAUAUUUGUUGAUGAAUAUCAUAUAACGAUUCAUCAAGAUUCAACCUCAAAUUCUCAAGAAAUCAGUGAAAAUGAGAGACAGUGGAUACAUUCAUUGGAGAAGAGAAGAGGGUACACUGGCUUAUUGCAGAAGCCAAAAAUUCAAAAGGUCCCAAAAAUGCAUCGCGAGAUUGAAUCAAACGUAAGGUGCUAUGAGCCCCUUGUGGUUUCUAUCGGACCAUUUCACCGUGGCAAACCAGAACUUCAGCUUAUGGAGAAGCACAAGGAGUUACUGGCAAUUCAGUUUGCUGAUCAAGAUAGUACCAAAGAAAGACCAGAAGGGGUCUUACCAUGGCUUUCGACAAAUUCAGUGUCUAUUGAUGAGCUUUACGAAAAGGUCAAGAACAUUAUGCCUAAUGUCAGGGAGUGUUAUGAUGAUGAAUUGAUCAAAAAAUACAGCCAUGAGGAGUUCGCACAGAUUAUGCUCCUGGAUGGAUGCUUCAUCCUCCAAUACUUUCACUGCAUUGUCACCGGCAAUUAUACGGAGCUCAAAAUGAAGAGCCACGAUAUAGCUUUCAUUCGUCGUGAUCUCUUCUUACUUGAGAAUCAGUUACCAUUUGAAGUCUUGCAGGUGCUAAUGAGCUGUAAGUUCAAGAAUAAUGAAGGAAUGGAGAUGAUAAAAAAGUUCAUCUCGAGUGCACAUACAAAACCUACUCCACCUCACGGAUUCAUCCAAGGUAUCAAGGAUUUCUUUCUUGAUUUAUUUGGGGAUACUCAAAAAGUUAUGAGCUUUCUUGGAAAGAUCUGUGGAGAAGAAGGGCCUCCCUUUACAAAACAAGAAAGCACUAAAAUCUGGCUUCCUUCUCAUCUCCUCGAGCUAUUAAAAACACAUCUCAUAGAUCCGAAUGCUUUCUCUGAAGGUGGGUGCUAUCUAAGGGGUGAGUGGUGCUCUUAUCGUUCAGCCAUUGAGCUGCGGAGAGCAGGAAUCCGUUUCAGGCCUGGAAAGAGUCGUCGUCUUUCAGAGGUUAAGUUCACUUCAUUUCAUUGCUCAGCUCUUUUAACACUUCCACCAAUAACCGUAGAUGAUUCAACCAAGUCGGAGUUUUUAAACUUGGUCGCGUAUGAAGCAUGUCCUGAUACACCAGAUGACUUUGGAAUUACAUCUUUUCUUACCUUCAUGGAUUCUCUUAUCGAUCACGCUGAAGAUGUGAAGGAGCUGAGAUCAAAAGGUAUACUUCUUAACUUUCUUGGAAGUGAUCAAGAAGUGGCAGAUCUCUUCAACGAGAUAGCAAGAGAUUUGGUGCCUAAUCCACAUGCCUAUGUUGAUGUGAAAGACCAAAUUGAGAAACAUUACUAUAGCAAAAGCAAAAUAUGGAUUGCUGAGUGGAAGAACACUCAUUUUACUUCCCCAUGGACUGUUUUUGCAUUUAUCGCAGCACUUUUUGUCAUUGGUUUGGAAGUCACUAGUACAUUCCUAGCAGGAAUUCAGACCUAUUAUACAGUCCAUCCAAAAGGGAGUUAGUAACGACCGGAUUCAAAAUCAAUCAAUUCAGUUUUUUUGUCUGUAUUUUCUGCAUGAAUUCAUGAGUGUCGCGUUUGUUAAAUUCAUCAUUUCUUUUACCUUAUUGCUGUGAUGUAGAUUGAUCUUUAUACUCCUUGUUUGUGAAGUCACUGAACUAGUAUUUUGUUGCGUCUUUUAUGUUUUACUUGUGUAAAUUUAC